AUGGGCCCCCGUACCGCCUCCUCAUGCUGCUGCCAGGCCCGUAAUCUGCCAUGGGCCCCCGUACCGACUCCUCAUGCUGCUGCCAGGCCCGUUAUCUGUCAUUGGGCCCUUAUAUACCGCCUCCUCAUGCUGCUGCCAGGUCCAGUGUCCAGAGUGUCCCAUGGGUCCCUGUACGGCCUCCCAUUGCUGCUGUCUCCAUCGCCAUACUCUGCCAUGUGCCACUUUCAGGUCUCCUCACACUGCUGGUGGGUUCCAUUUUGUCAUAGGGUGCUGUAUGGCCUCCCAUUGCUGCUGCCUCCACCGCCACACUGUGGCUCCACACUCUGGUUUUGGCCCCGUGACUGCCCAAAUGAGUGAAGUGUGCGGUGAUUCUAAGAUCGACGGCACUCAUCUGCAUGUCCUACUGACUGACAGUAUUAUUUUUCUUCCCCAGCAGACUCCAAGGGCAUUUAAAUUAAAGGUUACAGUGUUCUGCACUAAUAUA